CAAGCCAAGACUGAAUGGGGACUUUAGCCUUCACUAUGUCCUCAUGGACACAACCUAUGCCCUAUGUCGCCAAGAAAUUGUUGGAGCUGUUGGAGCUCCACGAGUGAGAGACAUCGUGGACAGAUGGCCAGCCCUACUUAUGGAGUCACAGGUGGUUGCAGAGUUCCACCGAAUCAAGAAUGUUAACCUGCGCACUCAAUUCUACAAGGAGCUGGACAGACACACGCCUAGACUCAUCACUUUGUUCCGAGACAAGGCCAUCAAGACUGGCAAGAUUGCAGAGGAGCUAGCAAAGCUCAUGAGAAUUUAUGACAUUCAGGAACAGCGUGAUGUAAAUACAAGACGGGUCCUCGUCCUUCAUGCACUUCCUGUGUACCUGCGUGAAGAUGCCUCCACGUUAUUCAGGACUUGUGAUUCAGCAGAUGGUCCAGACCUCACUGUCACUCUUGUGGCUCUGCUGACAGUUGUCACGGAUGACACUACUGAUUCGGCCCUCUUCAGUCCCGAAAGUAUCUGCAUUGUCGUUGAGGAUGAAAUACUUGUGAAUGGUCCCACAAAUCUGGCUGACUCAUUUCUCCUGCUCUUUGGGUACAUCUAUGCACUAGACCUACAAUACCCAAAGAAACUUGAGCUUACAUUCACAUUUAUCCAGAAGGUUGUGAUGUGACUUGAGGACAACAAACCACUGAAAGGGCGUCUACUGAUGCUGAAGAAUGAUUUGUUCAAUGAGUGAAUCACUCAGAAUGGACUACUUGUUGAGCUGAGUAUUGAGAAAGCUUUUUUUUUUUUCCUAAUCAUUUGGCUCUUCUAGUUCAAAUUUAAAGUGAAUGACUGCUCAUUUCGUGGACUAUUCAUGUUUAACGUUCUGUUGCCUAAUACCUUAAUGCACUGCCUUGAUGUUUGUUACCUAUGAAGUACAGCAGUGGAAACCAGUACAUUUUUUUUAUGUAUUUUUAAAAUAAGUGAGCUGCAGCUGUCAAGGUACAGUAAGUGUUAAAUGCCUCAAUGUUCUAAUAGCUGCAAUUGCUGUUAAUACUGAAAAUGUUAUUUAAUUUUAGAAUCGAGAUGGAGACCCUUGGAGUCUUUCUUUUGUUUUAUUUAUGAAGCACUUUUUUAUGAGUGAGCUCCGUUAUCCGUGCCUUUUUAAAAGCACAUUGUGUUUAAUAAAAAAAGUUAAAUUGUUAGUGUUGUUACUUUCAUGUUUUCUAACACUUUUAGCUGAUUAUAAUUUACUGGGCAAACAGUUUAGAAUUAUUUGUAAAUGUAUUUCCCACAGUAUUUAAAAAAUAUUUAUUAGAUUUUAAGUGUUAUUUCCCAUAUUAUAAGUUAGAAAAUAUGAAAAAGUUUGAGUUUAUUUCCCACAUCGUAUGAGUUGCAAUAUGUAAAAUAUUUUGAGUGUAUUUUCCACCUUAAUUAAGUUGAAAAAUAUUGAACAUUUUGAGUUUAUUACUCCCUAAUUAUAAGUUGAGGAAUAUCAACAUUUAUAAGUUAACAUUGAGGUAAUUUAAGGCAACUGCAACUGUAAUUUUUAUUUUAGUUAAACUUAAAACUUUUAAAAACAUCACUAAAAAAUUGUUGUGUAAUCUGUUACACAACAAUUUUUGAGUUCUGUGAACUUAUUAGGUUUUACAGUGUGCUGUU